CACAGAACAUUCUGGACAGGUACAAGAGCACAAAAAUCUGAGUUAAUGAAUAACAACAAAAGUUAUAACAUUUUUAAACUAAAUAUUAGAAGCGAAUGUGAUUUUGGACACAGAUUUCACAGACAUUAAACCAGAGCAGACCUUCUAUCAGAGCUUUCAUCAGGUUUGGAGGAACAAAUAAAAAAAUCAUCAUGAACAUUCAAAGAAUUUGGCUAUGUCUUACGGUUUGCAUUGGUUACUCAUUAAGCAACCGUGUAUACAUUCACCCAUUCAAUCUAUUCGCCUAUAACAAAAGUGAGUGCGAAAAAGUCGAAAAGCAAAAUCACACAAUAGAAGCAUUAUUCACUCCAGUCUCUAUUGAAGUAAAUAUUAGUCCUGAAGAAGAAACAUUGGGAAGCACAGUACAAUCGAAGCUACUUGGGAUUGUUGAAAGGCAAAGAGUGAGUAUAUUACCAUCUCUUGUUAACGAUGCUGGAUUUCGGUCUUUUAAUGGAUGGAGAAAAACACACAAAGAUGACUCCAUCCUUAUGUCUUUCACAAAUCUCUUUGGAUCGCUGGUUUCUUUUUACUUGGGUGCCUCAACUCACACUUCAGCUGAUCUUCAGGCAUUUUUAGGAUUUGCUCACCAGUCAGGUGACCAAGACUGUGUCUCUAAAGUGGAUGCUCUAAAAGUCAUUUCAACACUCAAGCACAUUGAUAAUCGACUCUUUUCUAAAGACAACAGUGUUGAAUCACUGAAAAUGACAUGUCUGUUCGUAUCCAAAGAUGUUUCUCUAUCUGAAACCUUUAUUCAGAAUUUGAUUCCUUCAGCUGAUAAAUUUUAUGUGAGGGGUGUAGAUUUUACAAAUUCUGCUAAAGCUGUGGAAUUAAUCAAUGAAUAUCUGAACACUCGGUCAACAAAAAAGAGCACAUAUAUAUCAACACCGGUUGAUGAUUCUGUCAAUAUCCUUUUUACUAGCUACAUCCAUUUUAAAGGUACACUAAAAAAUUCAUAUUUAAUUCCGGAGCCUCAAGAUUUUUGGAUUGAGCCAGGCAAAAAAAUUGCUACUCCCAUGAUUUCAUUGUCUGGAAUGUUCAACUACAAGCAUGACAUCAAUAUGAGUCAGUUAAUAGUAAAGGUUCCACUUGGUGAAAAUGAUUUCAUGCUAUUGAUUCAGCCAAUAAAUGGGAACACACUUGAAAAUAUGGAAUCUUCCCUCUCUUGGGAUACGUUUCUGAAAUGGCUAGAGAACCUAUCAAGCAGAUACAUUAAUCUAUCUUUGCCAAAGAUGGAAAUAGAAAGUUCUUAUGAUAUUCAAGAAAUUCUCAGCGACAUGGAGUUACCUUAUCUACUUGGAAAAAAAGCUGAUUUAAGUAAAAUAAGUAAUGCAGAGCUCACAGUUGGAAAGGUUAUUAAUAAAGUUCAUUUUGAGCUAAAAGAAAGUGGUGAAGAUGCAAAUAAAGCACCAGAUAUCCCAUUGAAUAAAAAAGACCAAGAGCCACUGGAGAUUAAAUUCCAGAAGCCGUUCCUAUUUGUUGUUUUUGAAGGCAAGACAAAGGCAUUGCUUUUCAUUGGAAGAGUAAAAAGUCCUCUUAACAUAAUGUAACAAUUUGAUUUUCUAGAAAAAUGAACUGCAAACAUUGCUUUUAAUUAAUAAUUCCAAGUAUUCUUUAUAUAUAUAUAGCAUUUACUCUAACUUAAUGCUCACUUUAAUAUACUAUUGUACACCUUGAUGGAAUAAGCUAAACAUACAUUAAGUGAGACAUAAUUUAAUACAAUUAAAUAUUGUAGUAAAUACUUAAUGAACUAAAACAUAUUACACCUACAUCUACAUCUUGCACUUUACUGUUCCACUGAUGAUGUUGAACUCCUAAUUAAUGGAUAUUGCAUCAGUCAUGCUUUGGAUAAUAACAGUUUUUAGUAUUAAUAAAUACUGUUAACAAAAUAAAAAUGAUUUACAUAUACCUAAAAA